AACCAGGCAGCAACUAAAGGUUACUGAUUUGCGCUAGCCACGCUCAAAUGCUUUUCUAUUCUUUGUAGUAAAACCAUAUUUAAACCAUAUUUAAACGUGCUGCCUGUGAAGAGCGACAGUGCCGUCCGCGCAGGCGGCUCGCGAGGUUUUGACACGCAGCCCGGGUCUCCUCGCGCAGGAAGUGAAGGCGUUGGAGGAAGGAAGACGUUAAAAAUGGCACGAGAGAGAAGCCCAGCGUCGUGGCUUCGCCCUCAAACGGGUGUAGCUCGCAGGAUGCCGGCGUGUCGCAGAAUACUCUUACUUUUAUGGCUGCUCCACUUUUCUUCCGUAUAUUCCGAUAUAACGGACGGGAACACGGAGCACUUAAAGCGGGAGCACUCGCUCAUUAAGCCAUAUCAGGGUGUUGGAACAAGCCCGUCAAGUCAGUGGGACUUCUGGGGAAGUACUUUAGUAACCAGCCAGUAUGUGCGCCUGACUCCGGAUGAGAGGAGCAAACAGGGGUCCAUCUGGAAUACGGUGCCCUGCUAUUUGAAGGAUUGGGAGAUGCACGUGCAGUUUAAAAUUCAUGGAUCAGGAAAGAAGAAUCUCCAUGGAGACGGUUUUGCCAUUUGGUACACAAAAGAGAGGCUGCAUCCUGGCACCGUGUUUGGCAGUAGUGCCAAUUUCCUCGGGUUGGCCAUUUUUAUAGACACAUACCCUAACGAUGAGGCUCCGGAUCGCUCUUUUCCCUAUAUUUCUGCGAUGGUGAAUAACGGCUCCCUGCCGUACGACCACGGGAAAGAUGGCCGAUCUACCGAACUGGGAGGCUGCUCUGUGGAAGUCAGAAACAAAGAUCAUGACACGUACCUGGCCAUUAGAUACUCCAAAGGCAGACUCACGAUCAUGGUAGAUGUAGAUGACAGGAACGAUUGGAAAGAAUGCAUCGAUAUCGGAGGUGUCCGCCUCCCCACAGGAUACUAUUUUGGGUCUUCUGCAGCUACAGGAGACCUUUCUGAUAACCAUGACAUCGUCUCUAUGAAGAUGUACCAGCUGAUGGUGGAGCACACUCCUGAGGAGGACAGCCAGGACUGGACGAAGAUCGAGCCUAGUGUCAGUCUCCUCAAGUCACCCAAAGACAAUAUCGACGAUCCGACGGGAAAUUUCCGAGGCACGCCCCUCACUGGCUGGAAGGUCUUCCUGCUGCUGCUGUGCGCUCUGCUGGGAAUCGUGGUUUGCGCCGUUGUCGGUGCCGUAGUCUUUCAGAAGCGUCAAGAGAGGAACAAGAGGUUCUACUAAACGGCAGGAUUUCAAAGAACUCUGGAGAUCGUAGGCGGAGGAAAAAACAAACAAUGUGAAUUUUGAAACGGCUGUAUACUUGUGGAUAUUAUUGAAGCGCUCGACCGGAAGGAGUCUAAAGUGGGAUUUGUGGAUUCAAAGAAACCUUUCUUCAUGUUUGUCUUCUGAUUUGGGUCUGCCGAAGUAAAUUACACCUUUUCAAUGCGGUCUACAGUAGUACCCUUUAUAUACUUCUUUUAGUUUAUUCUCUAAAUCCAUGCUUUAUUUUCUUACUGUUUUAACCCUUUAAUGUUUCUUUCACAUCUGCACCUUUCUUUGCUCUGCUCUGCUCUGCUCUGGAGUGCUUUUUUUUUUUUUUUUUUUGUUUUGUUUUUAUUAACCUGUGUGAUUUACUUAAGAGGAUUUUAAUGGACUGCACAAUAAAUCAGACUGAUGAAAGCGUACAUCAAUGUAAAUAUUUUAAGUUGCUGCCCUGGUCCCCUUUGUUCUGUGGCACGAUGAUCAAGCCUGGUUUUUAAUCAUAGGAGUUUUUAAAAUUAAACCAAAAACACAUUUUCAGUUGUUUUAUUACUGCAGGGUAACAAGAGUUCGGCCUUAUGCGAGUUAUGUUUCUGUUCAUUUAGAUGCUUUUUGCGCCUCUAUGAGAAGUUAUUGCACUGAUUUACAGUUGUUUCUGGAAAGAAGUUCACAUUUAAACGGGCAGUGACUGUAAAAUGAUGCUCUUGGAGAGAAAAUAAAGCAGUUACAACAGUUAACUACUCAAA